AAAAAUAUUUUUAAAUAUUAACAUAAGUUUAUCAAAUAGCAUAGAAUGUUUCAUGAAGAUAAAGACUUUCAAAAGUGCGCAACUACCACUUACGACCCUAUCAAAAUUGGAUCCAUAGAUGGGACGGAUACGGAACCUCACGAUCGUGCAAUAUUAAGAGCUAUUCACUCUGAGUAUGUGCCCAACAAGCUUGUGAAAGGUGAUCCUCACCACACCAUAUUUGUUGCACGUCUAAACCCAAGAACCACUCAGGACACAAUAUACACAGAAUUCUCAAAGUUUGGAAAAAUAGUAAACUGUCGCUUGGUAAAAGAUAUUGUAACUGGGAAGUCCAAGCAAUACGCUUUUGUGGAAUAUGCAUCAUCAACAAGUGUGGACCAGGCCUUAAGGGAAAUGUACAAGGAGUAUGUUGAAGGAGCUGAGAUCAUUGUGGAGAGGGAGGCAGAGAGGAGGUUGCAAGGGUGGAAACCGAGAAGGCUUGGGGGCGGGUUUGGAGGAAAGAGAGAGUCUGGGCAGCUGCGAUUUGGUUGCAGCGAGAGGCCUUUUAAAAGACCUCUUUUGGUAUCCUCAAAAAAUGAUAAAAAUGAACAUUUUAGAAAAAAAACAUAACACCUAUUUUAAUAAAGAUGCAAAUGAUUACUAAAAACAAGAACCACUAAAAUAUACUUGAUGUUAUAACCAAUUUUAGUUAAUAAAGUUAGCUAAAAGAUUGGAUUUCUUUGGUGAUUUAUUAGAGCAUAGUAUGUUUAGUCAUGAUUUGAUUAUUAUGAGUAAAAAUACAAAUUCCAAUUUGUUGUUCCAACUUGAUAAAUAUUUGGACCUCUAAAGUCAGCCACCCAUCCACUAACACUAAGUUUGGUCUGUGUUUCUUCCCUAUUACAGUCGACUGAUGCACUGUUGCAGCUGGGCCACACAUCCUCAUGACAUUGUAUUCAUUAAACUAAAAUGAUGUGAUAAGGAUCUAUUUGGCCAUGGCUAGCUGAAAUAAAGUAUCAAUUAUG